AUUUUAAAUGAUUGGUAUUUCCAGUUUCUUUUUUCAAUUUAAAUUCGCAAAAGAAAUUAAUAUGAAAUGAAACCAAUAUCUUAAGUUAGAAUACUUCAAAAUUAUGAUUUAUCGCCGACAGAAUUUGUUUUAUUGUUUUGUGUUAAUUUCUUUCUUGGACUCUAUUUGCUGUAAUUACAAUAAAUGGCCUUCGUAUGAGAAAAACGGGAAAGUGUGUUUUUACUGUGGACCUGGUUUCCAUUCGGUUGGCGACUGUUUGAAUUCAAAUACCCAAAUGCAGUGCGUUCCAUGCCCGGAUGGCGCCUAUCAGGUUACCUCAAACAGAGCCAACUACUGUACUAGUUGCACAAGGUGUGAAGAGGUUGUCAUGAAUCAUUGGGUAUCAGCUAUCCUGUCUCCAUGCACAGCAACAUCUAACACUGUUUGCGGAUGUAUUCAAGGGUAUCAUUUUACUAAAGACCAAAGAGAACCAGCAAGAGGCUUUUGUCAGGCAAACUCUCUUUGUUCUGCUGGACAUGGGUUAGUAGCAAAUGCAUCAAAUUUUACAGAUACACAGUGUAAACCAUGCACCAACGGUAGCUCCUACAAUCCUGCUCAGUCGUUGGAGCCAUGUCACCAAUGCAUGACAUCAUGCCCGAACAAUACUGAAAUGUGGUAUCCUUGUAACACCACGCAUAAUAUGGCAUGUAUACCAGACAAAGAAGUGAUGCACGUAGUUGUUGAAAGCGGCCCGAGUACUUAUUUAAAAGCUGGAAUGGGUAGUGGUGUGGGAUUCAUAGUUGCUUUGUGUACCAUAUGUUUCAUUAAGAGGAGAAGACAAGGAACAGAAAAAAAUCAUCAAUUAGGUAAUCCUAACAACGGUAUUUCCUUGAUCAAUAGUGAUUCUAGGAACAAUAUUUCCUUGGUCAAUAGGAAUCCUAAUAAUGAUAUGCCGUUGGUCAAUAUAAAUCCUAAUAACGUUAUGCCGUUGGUCAAUAGGCAAGAUGUUAGUUCUAUACUGGAAAAUAUAAGGAAAAUCUGUCUUAGAUCUGGUGACGAAAUUGACUGGGAUUGCUUUUUCAAUAAAUUUCCAUCAACAGUGACCGUUCUUCCCGACUGGCAGCAAUUUAUCCGGACUUUAUUUUCUCUCUCCGUUUCGGGAAGAGGACAGGAAACUGUAAAUGAAGCAGAAGAACGUCACGAACAAAAACUGUUUCAUUCCCGGCUUUUCUAUGCUCUAAACAAAUGGAAAGAAUGCUGUUAUAAAGACAAUGAUACGGUUAUGUAUGGAAUCUUGUGUGAAGCUGUGAUAACUCAUCAAAGAAACUUACAAUUCAGACCUAAUUAAUAUAAUCAAAACGAAA